UUGACGAAAUACCAAUUAAACUCUACACAUUAACGGUAUCGCACCCUGCUACCGGUACCAUAAAUCAGACACCAGUCAAACAGCGUCAUCGAGGGAUACCGACCACCUUUCCGCUUUCCAUGCUCUUCUCUUUGCGUCACGUCCUUUACAGCGAACAUUAUUCGUUGAAUCGAAAUCAGAUCUCCGGAUCAAGCGAUCCACUUGAACCGAACCGACCGAAGGACAUGGAAGCUUCCGGCUCGGUGGUGCUCGCAUUCCCUAUAACACAGGACAUCCUGUUCUUCUUUCUGCGAUGCUGGUGGGUGUGUGUGUUUCAUUCGGAUGCUUUUCUUUUUUGUUGUCUUCCAGCCGGCUUUUUGCACACAAUUAAACGCAGAAGUACCGGAUUCGAUUUCCCGUCUCGGUGACCCAUCAUUAAUUACUGUCCCCGCCAAUCUACGACCUCCACCUCCAACCAUCCAACCUUCGAAAUGUUGCAAACACACCCCGGUACAGAGCAGAAGUCACACCAGACGGCUCAACUCGGUGGCAUUGGCAAUUAAUGAUUUUAUGAGCCCAAAACAAAGCCGACGGUGUUUGCCAUCGAGAAGGCUCAUAAAAUCCCAUAUCACACUGCUCUUCCUGCACACCUUCCAACCGGAACCCAGCGCAUUCCUUCCUCCUCCACGAAAAGCGCUCAUCUACGGCGAUUAUCUUGAUCCAGCAGGCUCACCGUUACGAGUGUUCCCGAGGCCUUAACUGGGUUGGGUGCGAACGAAAGGCCUCAAUUGAACGGUUUGUGGCGUGCCGUAAACAACAAGUGUCAAUCCCGCUUCGUACGCAUCCCCAUUCACCUUGUCUGGAGUGUUGGCGCUUUCUGUGGUACCGGUAAAACUAAAAGUCAAUUAGUGUAGUUUCCGAAGAUUGUUGCUCGUUUCUUGGGACGCGAGCCAACUCGUGCGUGUAUGCGUGUGUCAAUUAUCGAAUCGUUCUUUACGGUUUCGAAGCAUCACGCUUCCAUUUUCCCAUCCUUGUGAUUAGACUGUGUGUGUAUACAUGGGGGGUAUGUAAUUAAUACGAGUCCAUUGCAAAGCUUUGCAAAGACGGAAGAAAGUUUCCCAGUGAAAGACGUUCGGCAGAGACCUGAUUGCUUGCCUCACUAGACUCGCACCAUUAUUCGCUCAUUAUCCUUGUGAGAAAAGCACUAUCCAGAAUUCCCAACCCCUGAGCUCGGUCAACCUUAAACUGCAUUCAGAACGAGUGUGUUUGUGCAAGUGAUUGUUUGUGUGCGUGUGUGUUUCAAGGCGUGUGUGUUCGUGUGAAAACUUCUCGAAACGACCACGGAAAUGUUGCAGCAACGUCGCCGUGAACGUAACCCGAACAAACCCGGUGUGGGUGUUGCGGGCAUCCUGUUGAUUGCCAUUGGAUUAGUGGGAAAACUUUGCACCGCAAAUGGGGCCACUACCGUCCACCGGCGGAAUGUUACGCUGGGCAAAUCGACAUCCACGCCUGCUCAGCUCUACUUUGAUGCCGUUGCACCGGAAGAUCGAGAAAACUUCAUCAAAUACCAUCUGGACAAGGCGCUGGAAGGGCGCUUACCUCAUCACACCAGCAGCAUACCGAAGGACUUUGAGUUCCUUACCUAUCAGCACAACCGAACCGAAAGUCAUCAGCAUGGUACCAGCACCUUGCUGGAACUGGUGGAAGAAAUCAACGGGACGAAACUAUCAUCACCCGCCGCUGCUGGUCGCCCAUCGUUCAUUAGAUAUUCGAUCGUCUGCUACCGGUCCGGAUGCAUCGACACGAGUGACAUCGGUAACAUCUGCUGCCCUUUCUAAGGGUGCACACCAUCGAUGACCAACGUGCACGGCUAGAACAUGCAGUGGAAAUACCGUAAAACAACACACACAACACACUCACGAGUACAAACUUACAUAUAAGCAUUUCUUCGCUUUUCGACUUCAUCCGAGCUGCUCGCUUCAUGCAUCCAUAAAUGCUUCGUGGUAGUAAAAUUUUCCUCUAAAUUCAACCCCUUGAGCAUUGCGAGUUCGGAACAUUCUAACAACCCUUUUCUCACUCCACCAUCCCCUGUGUUUCAGGACGCGCUUGAGCCGGAAAAUUUUUCUACCAACCUGUUGGAUCAUUUUAUGAUCACUUACGGUCUGUCGGAGGUGGACGUGUACGCGUUUGUGG